CUUGGCCCAAGGCACCAGCGAACACAAGCAACCCAAGCAACGCGACGAGGAAUUGUCCGGAGAUAAUGCAUCUAUCAGACGCACGGAAUGUUACUCGGCAGUUGAUCAGCCUCGGACUUUUUCUCCUCGGUGCGAUCCCUCGAUGCCCGGGACAUUGGCAGCCGAGACACAGGAGACGCAAGGAGGAUCCCCCUGCCACACACUCCGACGGCAGUAAUGACCUGGCCUCAAUUACCGCGGAAACGUCAGCUCCACCGGAAAUGAGAGGAUUCUGCCCACGAUGAAUGGCUGGUUAACGAAUCCACCGUGAUAAUCGCUGCUGAAUGGGGGAAUCCACUCGGGACCCCGCGUUUUCCCCGGCCCUAGAAGGGAUGAUGCUUUGAUUCGAUUCCACCCGCUCCGGACCCGCCCCCGGGUCCGACUUUUAUGACCUUCGCUCGCUCGCUCUCACGGCGCAGGGUGGCCUGACCGUGGAGAUCUGCUGCGUGAUGGCGUCCGAACAUACGAUGUCUGCGUCCAAGUCGCACUCGGAUUACCUCGAAAAGACCGAAGCGGCGCUGGAGUCCUUGGAUCCGACCAGUCUGCUGUCGGAGUCUCAUCGAGCCUAUCUCCUGGAACGACAUGGCACGUUGGAUCUGGAUCCGAUUCCGAGCAAUGACCCGGCAGAUCCGUACAACUGGCCGCUCUGGAAGAAAGUGGCCAAUCUCAGUCUCGUAGCCUUUCAUGCUUGCAUGGGCACGUUCACAGCGGCGGCCAUCAUCUGUGCCUACGAGGAGAUCUCGGUCGACGUGGGCGUGUCGCUGCAGCGAGUCAGCUACCUGACGUCUCUCCAGAUCGCCAUCCUGGGAGGCGCCCCGUUGUUCUGGAAGCCGCUAUCGCAUCGAUUUGGACGAAGACCGAUCUUCCUCCUCUCUCUCAUCCUGAGCUGCGUCUGCAACAUCGGCUGUGCCAAAAGUCCCGAUUAUGCCUCGAUGGCGGCCUGUCGGGCCCUCGUGGCGUUUUUCAUCUCUCCCGCCAUGGCUAUUGGCAGCGCCGUGGUCAUGGAGACCUUCUUCAAGCGAGAAAGAGCUCGAUACAUGGGCAUUUGGACGGUCAUGGUGACCCUAGGGGUUCCCGUCGGUCCGUUUAUUUUUGGCUUCGUGGCACAGCGAGUGGGAUAUCGCUGGAUCUACUGGAUCCUGGCCAUCACAAACGCCUGCGAAUUCAUUCUCUACAUAUUCUUCGGUCCUGAAACCCGCUACCUGGGCUCCGACAUGCAAUCGACCUCCUCCUUCAAGCACCAAUACGUCGCAAUCCGACGAAUCGACCCAGCCCCCUUCACCAUCUCCGAAUUCCUGCACCCGCUCACCCUCUUCACCAACAUCCCCGUCCUCCUCGCCGCCGUCGCCUACGCCAUGGUCUUUGUCUUCGCCUCGGUCCUCAACUCCGUCGAAGUGCCACAACUCCUGCAGAGCAAAUUCGAACUCAACGCCCAACAACUCGGCCUGCAAUUCCUCGGCCUCAUCAUCGGCUCCCUCCUCGGCGAACAGCUCGGCGGUGUCAUGUCCGACGUAUGGAUGAACACGCGCGCCCGACGCAUCGGCGAGAAGCCCGCACCCGAGUACCGGCUCUGGCUCAGCUACGUGGGCUUCCUAGUGAGUAUCGCGGGGAUGGUGGUGUUCCUGGUCUGCACGGAACAGGCGACGCAGGGGCAGUGGACGGUGGUGCCGGUCGUGGGGACGGGGAUCGCGGCGUUCGGCAACCAGGUGGUCACGACGGUGUUGACGACGUAUGCGGUUGACACGUAUCCGCAGGACGCCGGCAGUGUGGGCGUUUUUAUCAACUUUGUGCGGUCCACCUGGGGGUUUAUUGGUCCUUUUUGGUUCACGGAUAUGUUUGAGAGUGUGGGCAUCGCGAAUAGCUCCGGGGUUGUCACGGCGUUGAUCAUGGGGGUCAGUUUUAUUCCGACGGCAUUGCUGCACUGGCAGGGUCAUCGAUGGCAUGCGGAUGUUCGAGGGGAGAAGUAAUCGUAGAUGUCCAAGGAGCUUAUCUCGUAUGGUACGGUUUUGGAUGCUCGUUUAUUCCCGAC